CCCGCCCCUCGCGGAGCUAUUAUUGGCCUCGGGGACAGGGUUUAGCUACAAGAUGGCCGCCGCGCGCCGGGACCCCCCGAUCCCGAGCUCACCGACCCGGGAGUCGCCAUCCCCGGAGCCGUCGGACCUGGUCCUGGUGCCUGAUGGUGGCCGCUCUGCCACACCAAGUGACCUCAUCGAGAUCCAGGUGGUAAAAGUUACAGACACCACAUCGGCCCUUGAGCCCCCGGAGCCGGGAUCUUUUCAGUGUGCCCUGUGUCCCGCUGCCUUUCACCUGGUCUCAGAGCUGCUGUUUCACGAACAUGGCCACCUGGCAGAGGUGGAGGGGUUUGGGCAGGGUGGGGACCCGAGCCGUUGUCACGUGUGUGGCCACAGCUGUUCAGGUCCUGCCAGCCUUCGGACCCACUACAGCUUACACACAGGAGAGCGGCCUUACCGCUGCCCACUCUGCCCACGGGCUUUUAAGGCCUUGGCCCCUCUGCUCCGGCACCAACGCCGACACGGGGUAGAGCCAGGCACCUCUCGAAGGCUUCCACCUGCAGCAGCAGCAACUGGACAGCCAAACCCAGCGGUGGCCCAGGAGAGGUCGGAGGUGGUGACGGCCGCGGCAGCUGCAGGGGCCGUGGUAGGCAAGCCGUUCGCCUGCAGGUUUUGUACCAAGCCCUUCCGCCGCUCUUCAGACAUGCGAGAUCACGAGCGUGUGCACACCGGGGAGCGGCCCUACCACUGUGGCAUCUGUGGCAAGGGCUUCACUCAGUCCUCUGUGCUGAGCGGUCACGCCCGUAUCCACACCGGCGAGCGUCCCUUCCGCUGCACACUCUGCAGCCGUACUUUCAAUAACUCCUCAAACUUUCGUAAACACCAGCGCACCCACUUCCACGGGCCAGGGCCUGGGGUCGGAGAGUCCGGAGGCCAACUAGGGCCAUCUUCGGGAGCCCAGGAGUCAGGGAAUAGGCGUGAGACAGAGAACGCUACCGAAGAAGCGCAUGGAGAGACCGCGCAGGUGAAUGUGGAGGUUGACCAGUAGGCUGGGGGGUAGGACGCAUAUCAUAGAAGUGGGUGGACGAAUAGAAGCCAAAGUGAAGGAGAAAUAAUAUGCAGCUGCGAUUGGAGAGCUGAGAAGGAACCAGGUUCUGCUCUCCCAGAAACCCACACUAUACUUGAGACUCAGGAAGAGGUACCUGCAAUUCUGUAGCUGCCUUGCUAAAUGUGAAAAUACAGACACGGCAGAGCAUGGCCCACUCCGGUAAGCCCAAUAUUCUGGAGACUGAAGCAGGAGGAUUGUGAGGUCCAGACCAGCCCAGGCUGCAAAGCAAGACUUUAUCCACCACCACCUCUGGUCUAAUCGUAGACUACCUCUGGACCGUGUAGGGGCUGCCCUAAGGUGGACUAAUAAGAAACCUUUUGCCUACCUCAACUGGAUUGCACUGGUCCUACCCUCCCCGGGCAGAAGAUGCCCACCAGGCCACCUCUAAAGCGAUGCUACGAUGUCUUCUCCCUCAAAACCUGAGGGUACCUAACCCACAGUUGGGAGUUCAUGGUCUCUCAGAUGUGAGCCUGCCCAUAGAGAAUAACUCCAAGCUCUGCUCACCUCUUUCAUACCCCAUAGUGGUCUCAUGUUAACCCACCAGACUCUUCUGGAAGCAACUGAGAGCACACACUGCAAGCAAGCUUUAGGUUCAGAGCCUGUGGCUUCCCAUGUCUACAAAGAAGUUUCUGGAUUCUCUGUUUUCUUCCACUGUGAGGUAGACAGCUUCCUGCUUAGUCCUGGGCAAUUCAGAGGAAGGGUUGACUGAGGACAACCUUCAUGGGCUGGUCCAGGGUGUAGAGUGAGAGAAGACACCGUGGGAAGGGGCUGAAAAGGACUUGGGAACUGGAGUUUGGAGUGGGAGUGGGGACUUCUAGUCUGUUCCUAUUAAAAAAAAAUUCUGAAAUGUU